ACCACCAACUGUUUCUCUGUAUGACCACACAUUGUCCGAAACAGUUUGGGAAACUGUGACUUCAGGUAAAAAAGAGUCAUCCGCCACAAAUGCUCGCGCAGACCCUCUUGGCAAUUUUAGCAAAUCUGCGUGACAGGAAACCAAUGGUGACAUGUACUUCCUCUCUCAGAGCCCCCUAUAUAAACGCUCACGCUCGUCUCAGCUGUAACCAGACCAGCCGUCCUAGUCGAGAGGCCUCACGUCAGACACUGAGGAUCUUUAAGGCAAACACAUCUCUUUGGAUUGCCAGCUCAUUGGGAGAAGAGAGGCAUACAGCUCUACCUUAACAGACAGCAAGACAAGAGGAUUAUUCAGUGAUUCUGCUGAGGCACGGUUCAUUGGUUAGGGCUCCACAUGGUCCGAUGGGUCAGAACACUGUGAUCAAGACAUUCAGGACCUUUUUUUGUCAUCCGUGACGUGCUCCUCACAUCACCAGGAGGUCACGUUCGACGACACUGUUCUGAUAAAACUGCACACGUAAGACGCAACUCGUCUUUUGAUCGAAUCUUUUCUAGAGAACAGUCGGACAUCUUAUCUUGGAGCUCUCAGUUUUCGUGAGAAAGCUUUUGAUACAAAGACCCUUUGGAAAGGACUACGAAAAGAAAGACAGCCCAUCUCAGUGGUGUACGUAUUUGGAUUUGUGGAUAUGUUCUAGAGACUUAACUUCGAAUAAAAAGUGAAAAUCCCCAAAGUGUUCCAGCAUCAUGGAUCUCAGUCUACUCCAAGCUGUGGAGAGAGAGAAAGUUCUGGAAGUUCUCCAGCGAGAUAAAGUCCUGCGCUGUCUGGAUGAGGAUAGAAUAAGGCGACUGAAGCUGGAGCUCCAGGAGUUGCGGCGGCGUGGGGCCAAGAGUUUCUCCCGGCAGUACAGCGAGCGGACGUGCGCACGCUGCCAGCGGCCCCUCGGAAAGCUCUGGAAUUGCGGUGCCGUGUGUCGAGGCUGCAGCCACCGCAUCUGCAGCAAGUGCCGGGUGUGCAGGAGCCCCCACGAUUGGAAGUGUACUGUCUGUCAUGCCCACAGGCAAGUGAAGAUCAAAUCUGGUGACUGGUUCAUGGAGGAGCGAGCGAGGAAAUUUCCCAGGGAAGCAGAUGAACGUGAGAGCAUCGGAGAAAUACUACUUAGAUCCUACCAAAGGCUAAGUAAUAUUUCAAUUGUUCCACCAACCCCUCCACCGAUGCAGAAUGUGUCCUCACCACCGUUCAGCAGAUUACCGGACUGGACAAACUCUAAAGGAAGCCCAAAACCAUUCACGAAAUCCAUGGAAAAUCUCAUGAUGUCAUUCACCACCCACAUCAAAAAAAUCUCCAAGUCUCAAGAGGAUGUUAGGGCAGAGCCAGCCCUACUUACUGUUGAAUAUGACCGAAGAAACAGCUCAGACCGGAAGAGCCAAUCAGAUACUGCCAUCAAUAAAUCUGCCAGCCUAACCAAAGGAGUGAGCCUGUCCAACCUUUUUAGUAGAAGUAAGGAGCCAGAGAGGAGAAGAUCUUCUUCACCUCUCUGUACUGAUGAGGAUUCGUCACAGAGUUCAGGCUACUCUGGAGAGAAGAGGGGCAGCAUCAGUAGCACCGGUACAGACUGCGGUCUGGUAGAGAGCUCCAGCGUGACAGGGGAGUUGGAGUUGGCUCUGGCCUACAGCUUCGGCUCCUCCUGUCUAGAGGUGGUGGUGGGAGCCUGCCGGAACCUCACACCUGGGGAGGCCAAGAAGAGGAAGUGCCACCCCUAUGUCAAGGUCUACCUGCUGCCCGACAAGUCACAGAGCACUAAGAUGAAGACGGCGGUCAUAAAGAACACAACAGAGCCCGUCUUCCAGGAGACCUUACAGUGUUCCAUCGCUCGAGAGCUGCUGGCCUCGCGCACGCUGCAGGCCUCAGUGUGGCAUGCGGAGACCCUCAGGCGCAAGGUCUUCCUGGGAGAGGUUCUCAUUCCCCUGGACAGGUGGCGGUUUGAAGACCCUGGUACACAAGGGCUCAUGUGGUAUCCUCUCUGUCCCAAGACUGAGCGGCCAGUAGGGGGCAAUACGGAACAAGUUAUUGGGGAGCUGAUCCUCAGAGUCAAGUUCUCAUCUCUCACCCAGAUCUGCAAGAUGAACAGCACUGGCAUUGGCCCUUUUGAAGUUGGCCAGCUCACUGUUCUCAUCAUUGGUGUUCAGAAUCUGUCCAGUUCAAAACCUUCGUCCUUAUUUAUCAAGGGGUGUCUGGCCCUGCCCGGGCAGCGUGAGCUGGUGCAGAGGACGCCGGUGGUCAAGCGCGGGCCGAGCCUGGAGUGGGCGCAGCAGCUGCUCUUCAGCCGGGUCACGGCCCACGAGCUGCACGCCGCCUCGCUGGCGCUGGGCCUCUGGGAGCACGCGCCCUUCAGCGUCACCCACCGCCUACUGGGCACCGCCACGCUACACGCCGGGGAAGGGUUGUCGUGGCAACCUUUACAACAGACACCGAAUGUGUGGCACAGCGUCAGCCUACCACUGCGCGCCAAUCUAAACAACAGGAAACCAUGACAACCUACAGUAGCUCGGAAACCAGAAAUGAGAGAGCGAGAGGUUUCUCUCCGUCUCUCUGUGCUGUGUAUCUUCACCCUGUGCUUCAGCAUAAUGUUACUUGUGCACAAAGUAUUGUCUAAUGGCCCCCUCUCAUGCGCACACACACAUUCUGCACAUUAUUUAUGAAUCAACAUUUUUACAGAUUCUCAUUAUAUAUGGAUCAUGAAUAAACUGUGCUAAAAAAGCUACACAAUUAUGAAUAUGAAAAUGAAUUGAACAAAGAUGAUUUCAUAUGUUUGUAUAUGCCAGGAUUACACAAUUGAACAUUGUCAAUGGUUGCUGUAGAAAAUAUAUACUGUAUAUAUAUUGAAUAUAUUGAACAAUUAAAUAGACAUGACUGUUCCAUUAUCAGCACAUGUAUAGUGGACACCUGUAGCAUGCAUGAGCCUGUUUAGGGUCAUAUUUGGUUAUGUAUUCUUAUUUAUUUCUUAACUUAUGGACUUGUUUUUAUAUGUAGCAAUGAAAUAUACAAAUAAAUACAGAUUUGUUU